AGUGGAGUUUAAAGGGAUGCCUCAGCCCAGCGCUUAAGCAACAUUACCGCACCGCCCUGCGCGCAGGGAAUCCAGCUGCUGGGAGGCUCCUCAUUGCUGCUUGGGGUUGCACUUUAAAUCCGCCUUUUCUGGUGCUUCAUUCGGGUGCCUGGUACUUUUAAAGAGAAUUAGAGAGAGAAAGCUGACCCCCACCACCACUCCCCCCUCCUCAAACGCCUCGCCGUAUGCUCUGACAUCUUCAAGAGUUGCCGGUGUGGCUUGGCCUAAACCCAUGGUGUAAGCGUGGGCGCGUGUAUGUACGUGCAGCCGAAGAGCUUAGUAUUUCGCUGACACCCCAGUGAGUUCUACCGGAGAUUAUUUCCUUUGAGAUGAAUAAGAAGAAAUACCAACAAGACUAUUAUUAAGAACCUAGAAAUGGCAACAUGGAAUGGAGGAAUUGUACAAAGAGUACCAAAUCUAGAAAACACUAAUGGUUUCCAAGACAGAGCAAAAAAUGAAAGGCAAAUAUUGAAAGAAACACUGGCUCUGCAGUUAAACCAGGACCUUCUCGGGAUUCUUAUAGACGGAAGUCAGACAGAUGUCACGUUCCAUGUGGGUGCAGCUGUGUUCCAAGCUCACAAAGCGGUGCUGCUUGCGAGGGUCCCAGAGUUUUUUGAGAGAAUUUCUGGAAAACAGUUGAAACAGGAUGCUGAGAAGCCACAAGCCAUCAAUGUAGAGAAUUUCAGACCUUCACAGUUUAAAUGCUUUUUGCAGCAGGUUUACACAGCAGAUCGAAAAGUAGACCAUCUUGAAGAAGAGCUGCUUAUGAAGAAAGAACCCAGUCAAGCAAGAUUGACAGAAGAAAACAAUUUUUCCCCCGGUGUUUUUCCUAAUGUUGGGAUGUGCAAUGGAAGAGGUAUUGAUAGAAACAUGCCAUCUAAUCAGUUUCCUCCCGAUAACCGGAUCUUGGAAACAAAUGAGGAGAUGUUGACCUCAAGCCUGUUGGAAGAUGACAUGCCUGAAGGAAUGUUUGAUAUGCCUGAGGAAAUUGAAGCAGACUCUGAGACUCUAUCCAGUGAUGAUCCUACUCCAGAGCCAGCAUCUGUGCUGGGUGCUGAUCUGUUAGCUCUGUAUAGGAGAGGAUAUUGUCCUGACAUAACCCUUCAUGUUGAGAACAGAAUUUUUCAUGCACACAGGGCCAUCCUGUGUGCUCGCUCCAGUUAUUUUGCAGCUAUGUUAAGUGGAAAUUGGGCAGAAAGCUUUCAGAAAUCGAUUACUCUUGCUGGUGUGAGCCAUGUAGAAGUGGAAAUCAUGAUGAACUUUUUAUACGGAGCCAUUUUAGACUUGCCCAAGGAAGCUCUCCCACGCUCCGUGCUUACGUUAGCAGAUAUGUACAACUUGGAUGGGUUGAAGAAAGUUGUCCUCCAUGUUUUGAAGAAGGAUUAUUGCAAGUUUUUUCACAAGCCUGUUAUUGGAAUGCAGCAGUCUAUUCUGGAAUGCCUGCAGAUAUCUCACUCAGUUGGAAUUGAUGGCCUUUACAGUUCCUGUAUGAGAUGGAUUACCAAAUAUUUUGUGAAAUGCUGGUCAGGGAAGAAUUUUGCCCGCCUUCCAGCAGAACUGCAGAAAGCCUGUCUGAUGUCUGUAGUCCAGUCUUUAAAUGUGAAGAAUGUAGUUUCAGUGUUAAUGGAAAGUGACCGUCUACUGUGGAGCCUUCCAGAGGUAAAAUGGGCAGAGCAAGCAAUUGCCUUGACAAAAGAGCUACAGGAUGAAUGCAUCAAGUUCAUUGUGCCACACUUCCUUGAGACAAUCGGGAGUAAAAGCUUCCUUCAUCUGCUAAAGGCUCAGACGAUGAGCAGAAGACCAUAUCUGGUGGAAAGAAUUUUUGCAGCCAUUGAACAAAACAUUACAGUGACAGACGGCUGCUUGCAAUUUAUAGCUGUGGACUUGCUAAGGAGCCAGGUGGCUCACAAAGAGGUGGGUUUUGCGAGUGAGAUCUCGGCCCUCUUUGACAAGCUCUGGACGUUUCUGGUUCAGUCUUUUUAUGCAGUUCGUCACACGGAAGGCUGGAAACUGAUGAAACCUCAAGACCAGGAGCAAAUACAAGCAGCUGCUCUCGACAAAGGUGAUGAUAGAAAGCUUGGCAAAAGACCAACCUUGACCAGUUCACAACAAAAGAAACGUCCUCUACUUGACCCUUCUCCAUUUGAUGUGGCAGAGCAAGUGUGUAGAAAGGGGAAACUGCUGUCAACAGAUACAAUUGUAUCGAAUAGUCAAUUGUCCGCUUCAAAAAUGAAGUCUGAAGGUUCAGUGCAUACAGCCAAUGGGCGACUGUCAGCUGGUGCUUUGAGGAAAGGUGAAGCAAAAGGAAAGGACAUUAAAAAAGCAAAUGAGAAAACGCCAAAAACUGGGAAAGCCAAUGAAAAAAGCACCUCGACAAAGAUGAACACUCCUGUAAAAGCUAGACUCGAGGCCAAGACAAAAGUUGAGAGCAUUGUCAGUAAAGUGAAAGCAUGCUCUGACAGUACGUCGUGUCAGACAGGUUCUACAGUGAGCAGUAGAGGGGUUGGUGGGCAGGAUGGAAAAGCAAAUACAGGUGCACGACCCAAAGUAUCUCUCAGUUCCUCCAGCAUCCAAGCAAAACUAGGAAAACCAGUGAAGAAAACCAUUCAGCCACAGGCAGAGAAAAAUGGGAACAAGUGUAACUCUGACAAGUUGGAACUUUCAAACAAGGAUGCUACUGUGGGCGCAAAUGGACAUACUAGUGGAUUACAAGAGGGGAAUGCAGUUGAAAUAAACAGUCGUGGCAAGAAAAUGGCAUUUGUCAACAGUCCUGUUGAAAGCGCUGCACAGGAGACAGCAAAGAGCCCAGUUGGCCAGAAGUCUGCAGUUAGGCCAGCAAGCGUCGUCAAAGCAACAAAGACGCCUUCUGCAUCAACGAAAACUGGUAGACCUCUUUCUAAUAGUGUGCCAAACAAACAGAAAACACAAAAUAAAGAUGAAGGGAUGUCACAGGCGCAUAUGAAGAAAACCUGGAAUAGCAGCAGUAACUCAUCUGUUCAGCAGAGAGCAAGGAGUGCAUCUGGAGCAGCAGCCAAAGCUAAAGAUCCAAAAGGAGGGACAGUGAGUUUGGAGAAAACAGACCCUGCUUCAGAAUUAAGUGAUUCAUCAAAGCAGGCUACCAAAGCUCUAAACAGAGAAGAAACAACUGCUAAUGAAAUGCUUACCAAAGCUCAUUCUAAACCAGCGAAAGCAGCUGCUCUCACUACAGUGAAGACAAAUACAAAGAAAAUGACACAAGUUGGCGCCACAAGUCCAAGGACGCCUAUUAAUUCAAGUAAGCUUGCACUGAAAGAGAAAAGUGCAUCUCUGCCCAAUGUAAGAAAGCCAUCAACUAAAUUGCUCCCAGCUACAAACAAAGUCAGUUCUAGCCUGAAAAGAUCUAUCUCUGGUUGUCACGACAAGGCAGCUCCAAAUUCUCUGUGCCAUGAUGCGAAAAGUGCAGCACAAGUAAAAAAUGAUCAUACGGGAGCAAGUAUUCAGUCAGAGCUCAGCCGGAAUGCAGAAGUACUACCAACUGCUUUACAAGAUAGUAAGCUGGCAGAAGGGGACCAGAUAUUGACGUGUGCACUUUCACCGCAAACUGUGAACUCCAACAAUCUAUCUAAUGUUGCUAAAAAAGCAAAUGAUUGUACAUUAGAAAAUAUUCUCUCAACUUCGGUUCUGGCUAAUUCUGAAGGUCAUACAACACAGAAGCCAUUCGAAGACAUUGGACCAAAGUCAAAUCUGCAUUCUUCAAAUGCAAAUAAGGAAUCCCCAAGUGACCUAUCUUCUGAAACAAAGCCGCCAGUUUUUAAUGGAUGUGGGGACACACAGGAAGGCCCUCUUCAAAGAGGAAGUAAUUGUGCUGCAAAAAUUAAAUCUGGUCAUCUUUUGCCAGGUAGUAAAAAUGAAGGAGAGUCCCUUCUAAACAAACACAUAUUUCAACUAAACAAUGCGACAAUGUCUGCUCAUUCAUUUGGCCAAACCAGUGAUGCUGCAAAACGUAGCGUCAAACAAUGUGAAAAACAAACACUGUCAGACUUGCCUAAAGAAAUAAAUGAGACAGGGAUCCCUGAAAGUCAUGAGCAUUCAGAAACUCCGCUAGUGGGACCUUGGAACUUGGGUGCAGAAGUCUGUCCAGCUGCAGAUGCAUUCUUCCCGAAACAAAGCCCAGACACAGACACUGGAAGUGCAACAACGUCAUCUGAUGAUAUAAAACCUAACUCAGAGGACUAUGAUGCUGGAGGUUCCCAGGAUGAUGAUGGAUCAAAUGAGAGGGGCAUUUCCAAGUGCAGUACAGUUGUAUGCCAUGACUUUCUUGGGCGAAGUAGCAGUGACACAAGCACACCAGAAGAGCUUAAGGAAUAUGACAGUGGAUUAAGAGUAGAAGUAAAAGUGAAAGGUAUAGAGCUUCAUGGGAAGACACGAGGUGCUAGUACAAGAGAAUUGGUAGGUAAUCACUGUUCCAAAAUGUCUCAAGGAAUUAAAGCAGUGGAAAGAGGUAGUGAAGAUGCUAUGCCAGUUGGUGAGAAAUUAGAUCCUGCCUCUGACCUCUUGUCUUCAUGCGAAGUGACUGAAGAAGACAAGUCAGAAAUUGAGAACGCAGAAGAAAUCUUCCCUGUUCCUGCUCCUCCUCCUCUGCCCCCCUCUGACCAGGGCAUCUACCAUUUUCAGGGUAUUGACAACCUGGCUUUUGAAGACGUUACCGAAAACGAGACAGAGGUCACAAACUUUUCUUCAGCUGCAAAUUUCAAGCGUUCUGUUCUGCUGUCUGUGGACGAAUGUGAGGAGUUGGGUUCUGAUGAAGGAGAAAUUGAAAGUCCCCUUGCCUGCUCUUUUGAUUCUCUUACUCCCUCUGAUGUAUUUGACGGUGGUUCCCAAGAGGGUGGCCACCGUUACGGGAGAACUUACUAUUCACGAUAUUCACUGGAAAUUGAUGAUGAUUUUUUGGUAUGUGGCCAGCAUCACCAGGAGAAGGGCAAAAAGCAAUCGAGAGAUCCAAGUCCUUCACUAGAUGCAGAUAAAACUAGUGUGGUGGCUAACUAUGCACUGCCACAGCUCGCUUCAACAGAAAUGGAGCAGGCAACAAAAGUCAGUGUUGCACCUGUUCCACGUCUUUUUGCUGAACCGCUUGAAGGAGGAAAUAAGCAUGUAGAAAAAGACUGGAUGGAAGGAAGCAUGCUCGAGAACCAGCACGAGGAUAACAUGUUGCCUGAAAAAAAUUAUAUCCAGCCCACAGAUGACGGUGGUGAUAAUAGACCUCAGGAAAGACCCUGCCAUUUGCAUCUCUGCCAGAAAGGGCAUUCUUCCGGUGUACACAGCGACAACCUUGAUACAAAUGAGCUUUUAGCUAACAUGGAACAAGGGCAUGUGCAAGGUUACUACUCCACAUCCAGUGAGCAAACUAAUAAUACUUUGCCAGCAGGAAACUUAGCUGAUUGCGACAGAUCACAAAGCUGCGCGUUUGAGCGUCGCCCUUCAAAAACCCUUUCUCCCAUAUACGAGAUGGAAAUCACUGAAGAUGUGGAUCAGAGCUCAGAAGUAGAAGUGAGGUGUGUGCAUCAAGAAGAAAAAGAACACUUUGCAGAAAGAGACUGGAUACUACUUAAGCAGCUUCUUGGAGAUCAGGACUUAAAUUGUGGGGUUGUUAACUGUCUACCUGAAGAUGUCAACCUAGCACAGUAUCUUAUCAACCAAACACUUUUCCUUUCCAGAGAUACUUGUAAGACUCCAGGUAAAAUUGCUGUUGAAAAAGAGGCACUAUGUAAAUGGACUGAACUACUGUCUCCAUCAGAGGACUCCACAGCUAGCAUUACAGUGGCUAGUUUUUCCCCAGAAGAAUCAGUGUCCCCACAGGGGGAAUGGACAAUUGUAGAACUGGAAACCCACCACUAGCAUAACCUCUAAAUUGUGUACAUUGGGGUGUAGGAUGAAUUGGAUUCUUAUGUCACAUGGUUCUGCCUUUUUCUGUAGCUUAAUAACCAAGUCUUAUUGCAUCACUAUUGGAUGCAGCAGUAGGUAAUAAACUUGACUUUUUGUUACAGAAUUGCCAUUUGGGGGGUGUUUGUGAAGGAUUUUUGUAUAAUAUAAACAUUAGAUGUGUGUGUCAACAUUUGUUUUAUCUUUUGAAAUGUGGGACUCAGGAAAAAAGAAAAAUCUUGUAAAUUAUUGGUUCAUAUGCCUAAAAGUGCAAGUAAACUUAUUUUCAUUUUCCUAAUGUAAAAUUAUAGUAAACUAAAAUCAUUUACUUUUGAGAACUAAUCACCUUAAAAAUAAACUUCUCAAAUUAGGUAAUAAGGAGGUAACUUAGAAAUCCCAAGAUGUAGGAGUUUUUUAAAAACUGUGUAAAAAAAAAAAAACUUGUUCUGAAAUCCAGGGCAGCUAUAGUAAUUUGUACUUUUAUUUUUUUACUUUUUUUACUUUGAGAUUUUUUUUAUAUAUAUCCGAUUAUUGAUGUCCAUGGGAACCAGAAUCUGAACUAAUUUCUUUAACUCUUUUUGACAAAAUAAACUACAGGACAUGUGGCAGCUUCCAGCUGGCUGUAAAAUUUGGAUUUGUUAGUGCAAAGUAGGAAUUUUCUUCUCUAUCACUGCAGGUAUAACUUGAUAUAACUUGAAUCAAUAUAAACUAGACCCUUUAUAGAUGAAGUGCAUCCCUGUAAAAUUAACUUUAAAAAAAACUCAUAGUUUUGAUCUUCAAGUAGUACUGAUUUGUUUAACAUCCUGUAAAUUUAGGGAGAUGAUCGUAAUUUUGUUACCAUUUUUUUGACCAGAUGGAAAGCCAUUUUGAAAAAAACUGGAUGGAAAUAAUUCGAAGAUUGCACUUUCGACUAGCGUAACUUUUUAAAUCAAGUUUUACAGGUGCUAUUAAAGUCACCUUUCCUGUGGCUGUGCAGAACCCACUCUGGUUUGAUUUAGAAACCCCCUGGGCUUCUACUUAAACAGGAUCUAACUAGCUGUAUUGUAGGUGCGAUACACCUUGUGGAAAGGACAGUUGGGGAUGUCUUUGAAAUCCUAUGGUUUAAUCUCACAAUUAUAUCAUUGUGACUUGUGAAAUUACCUGACCUGAAAGUGCUUGAUGUCCAUGCUCGCAGUUAAAAAAAAAAGUGCUUCCAUUUUCCCUGUACUUAUUGUCCCUGAGUUUGAAAAAGAUGAAAAUUUUCCCACCUGCAGACUAGUUUCAGUUCAGUGAUUCAGCUUUUAAACCCCAAAAGCUUGGUUAGUCUUAAACUUAAAUGUAUGUGAAUGAAUAAUUAACCAAUAAAAAAAAUCUAUUAACCAA